AUUCGGCGUGUUCCAGCCAAAAUAUGCGGGAAACAGAAAGUUGAUUUGAUUUUCCAAGUGCCAGUGGAAAGUUUCGCGUAUUUUCAUAUAUAUUACGAAUGGAUUUGUCAAUACCGGAAAAUCUUGUGCCGUUUGCUACGUCUACUGCACGGAAGGAACACGUUCGAAAAGAUCAAGCAACGUGCCAGUUUAAUGCUGGAGAUGGCAACACCUUCAUAGAUGAAUAUGAUGAUGUUGAGAGCAUAUUAAGCAUCAAAUUUGGUGCUGAAGAUCUUCAAUCUUUGGAUGCUGAUCUGCAGCUUAGUGACUUCUGUGACGAUGAAGAAGAGGGAGAGCUGGGAGCGAAGGAUCCUAAUUCUGUCAGUCAUGCUAGAACUGACACAGCUAAAGUUUCACCUCGACAAGAGCGAGGAACCUAUCAAUCUGAGACACAGAAGAAAGGGAGUGAGUCAGAGCUGACAAUUCUUUCACCAGAGUCAAUGCUUGUAGACGAAUUUGAUAUUACAUUAUCCGAACCUAGUGAUCCACCAAGAUUAGCACAAAUCCAAGAAAGACCAAAUCACAUCGAUAAACAAAAUGGAGUUAGGGUUCAGAGCGAAAGCACACCUGCCUUUAUUGAAGUGGCAGCUACCGAUCACCAAACACCAACCAUUCAGCUGGACUGUCCAACAGAAGAGACAGAAGCGAGCGCAGUCAACAUCAAAGACAUUGCAGACCGAUUGAAAAUGCUCGUGAAUCUAGGUAGUGGCACAACCCAGAGUCCAGCUUACAGUCAGAAGAGUCAGGUGCUUAAUCUAUCGACUAUUGCCGAGGAAGACACACGCAACCUGAGCAGGGGUACAGAUCUCGGCACAAAGAGCUUCACAGGGCAGCAAGGAUUGCUUGUGGUGGCGCGAGGAGAGAGUGAUGAUGCAGGCGUACCACACGUGAAGAUCACAGAGGCCACGUAUAACAGCAGUUCUCACGGUGUAGGUAGUAGCACGCUGGGCAGCGAAUUGCACAGCAGUAUCGAUGGAACGUCGCUGACGAAAAAGAGAAAUGUCGUGCGCCUUAGUGUUCCGUCGUCUGGCCAUUCCAGCAGAGAUUUCUCUCUAGCAGACACCCAGAGCAGUUCUGUGCAGCAACUCCAGAAAGGAAGUGACGACUCUCGGAAUUUCUAUGAAAAAGACCCAGCCGUUAAUCCAUUUGGCAGCUUCAGUGUUACUGCAAGCAAAAGUCCGACUAGCUUCGGUGUUGGAGAAGGUUUCCAGACACCGUGUAACGGCUUCCGUGGGUUCAAUAGCCAGGAGACAUCCUUUGCAGCAGCGGACAUUGGCUCGCAGGCCAAAGAAGAUUUCUUUGAUUCGAAAGCCGGGCGUCAGUUGAUCGAUAAAGACGAGGAAGCGCUUGGCAAAGCGAACCAGUUAGAGCGCAGCCUGGCACCUGGCGCCGAACUGAGCACCGGCGGGUUGUCGCACGAUUCCUGGGGACUACCAAAGGAGAAUACGUUUAUGAGUAAGCCGUCGUGGAUGUCGGGGAAAACAGAUAAGACCUACUCGAGGAUUUCCAUCGGCAAUUUCAUGAGAGGCCGCAGUGAGCCACUGGGCAGCCUGGAUAGAACAGACCAGGAAACGCCUACCCUUGGCCUAGCAGACACACUAAUCACACCUCCACGCUAUAAGCCGUAUAAACUACUUGAUGCUUCACCAGGAUCAGACUCCGAUAGUAGCGGUGAUAAACACACAGACUCGCCUUACAAGCCGAUCCCUGAGACGAAUGACCCCUGCGCCUCGCGCAACCACGCCAACGCCGACGUCUCGGACUCGGACGAGACGAGUUUCCGAGACAUGGCGCCGAGGGACAUUGUUGCUGAGGUUCUGAGGGAGCUGGAGUGCGAGUCCGGGGCGAGAGAUGAGUCGACGACCCGGCUCAAGAUCGCGCGCUACAACAAUGUUCUGAGCACCUUGAAGAAGCAAGACCGUGCCCGUCUCGACGCCGAUGCCGCACAUCGCACGGAUGCUGGCAGUGGCGGCCCGUAUCGCACGGAUGCUGGCAGUGGCGGCCCACAUCGCACAGAUGCUGGCAGUGGCGGCCCACAUCUCACAGAUGCUCCUGGCAGCGGCGGCCUGUAUCGCACGGAUGCUCCUGGCAGUGGCGGCCCACAUCGCACGGAUGCUGGCAGUGGCGGCCCGUAUCGCACGGAUGCUCUUGGCAGUGGCAGCCCACAUCUCACAGAUGCUGCUGGCAGUGGCGGCCCACAUCGCACGUAUGCUCCUGGCAGUGGCGGCCCACAUCUCACAGAUGUUGCUGGCAGUGGCGGCCCAUAUCGCACGUAUGCUCCUGGCAGUGGCGGCCCAUAUCGCAUGGAUGCUGCUGGCAGUGGCGGCCCAUAUCGCAUGGAUGCUGCUGGCAUCAGUGGCGGCCCAUAUCUCACAGAUGCUGCUGGCAGUGGCGGCCCAUAUCGCAUGGAUGCUGCUGGCAGCAGUGGCGGCCCAUAUCGCAUGGAUGCUGCUGGCAGCAGUGGCGGCCCAUAUCGCAUGGAUGCUGCUUGCAGCGGCGACCCAUAUCACACAGAUGCUUGUGGUGAUGCCCCGCAUCAAACAGACGCUGGCAGCGACGGCGAUACCCUCGAUGUGACCAUCACGGUUUCGAGCGGGAUAGACUUCAGCGAGGCCGUGACCGGCGCAGACGUCAGCCUGAGCAGCGGGAGCAUUCCCAGUGACAUCCCCGACCUCACUAGCAGCUCCGACGACGACAGCAGCUACGACGGUGAAGACGAGGGGAAGGGCUACAGGAAGACGCUGGACACGUCGAAAAAUGGGAAACACGAGGAUGACAGCUACGGGAAGACGCGGGAUGGUUCCGGAGAUUGGAAGAACGACGGGAAUCGUUACGGGAGAGCGCGGGACGCUUCCGUAGAUUGGGAAAACGACGGGGAGCGCUACGGGAGGACCCGGGAUGCUCCCGGCGGUGGAGAAACCGACUGGGGUACCGGCAGGGGAACGCGGGACGCUUCCGGAGACAGGGAAGACUCGCGGGACAGCGUCGGGGGAACUCCGACGACGAGACUCGACGACGACGCCUUCCGCAACCUGCUGACUCGGACGGAGACGAAGCGUCUCAGUGAGCCGGCGCCGGCCGACUCGAUAGAGUUCGACGAGUCGACCGAGACGGCGUCUCGACGAGACGCCUUGCCCGGGCGCGCCUCGGUGCACACGCCGUGGAUCAGUGGCAUGAGUAAGCUGUCGUCUGCUGCCGGCAGCGCGGCGCUGCGCGAGGGUGGGCAGGGGGAGGCGACGCGUCCGCCCGCGACCUCAGCGCUCAAGGACAUGCUGCUGUCGCUGAGGUGCUUCCAGGAGAUUCGCGCGGAGGACGAGCGAGCUGCGGCGGACAUUCCGAAUACAGAUCAGCUGGCGGUUGAUCCAGCGUCUCGCGGCCAGGCGCUGGCUGCGAAAUAUGUUGCCGGUACGAUGGCUGGGUCUCUGGAGAGCACUGCUGCUGCAUUGGCCUUGACAGAGUUUCCUGGCGGUGGGUCGACGGAACCGGAUGCAAUAACGAACAGCUUCGAGAAGGAAGGCCUACAGACCGUCGUGCGAAGAAUCAGUCACAUAAGCGCGCUCGAUUCAAGCAGGGCCGUUCCCGAGUUGAACCUUCCGGCGAAGUCGCCCCGAGGCGCGGAACUGGCGUUGGCGACGGCGAGCGAUUGCUAUGACGACGACGACGCGGCGGUUGCCGGCGGCGACGUGCUCACGUGGUUGUCGUCGCGCGGUGACUACGCAGCAGCGGAACACGACAGCUACCUGCUCUCCUUGCAGAGUCGCUUGCUGCGGCUGGAAUCAGCGAACACGUCUGCGCAGAACUCGGGCACAGAGGGCGCCACCGCGAGGCGGGACGCGGCACGCGGCUCGCUGCCGAUCGUCUUCGACACGUCCGAGAUCCCGGAGUUCGAGGAGGGAGCAUACGUCGGCACGUACCGCACCGCCUUCUCUCUCCCCGACGCUCUCAUCGGAGGGAGGCUCCUCCCCGCCGAGAGGGGAGGAGGAGGAGGGUGGCCAGCCACGUCCCGCGUCGUCCCGACGACGGACAGCGGUCAGCUCGACGCUGGCGGUCCGAGAGCGAGUCUCACCGGUGGACGCCAGGUGGCGCGACGUCGACGUUCGACGCGCUGACGAAGCUGCGCGUCGAGGAGGUCAACCGGAGGUCGUCGCCGUGUACAGCCUGCCGACCGUCGAUCGUGCGCACGGCGCCAGCCGAGUCGGAGGCGAGCGUCGCUUGCGUCGUG